UUGGAUAGAAAACAAUCUGAAGUUUCUAAAACUGUUUGAAUUAUGUCUGUGAGUAUAACAGAACUCAUAUGGCAGGCAAAAACCUGAGAAGUUCCACUUCCUGUUUGAAUUUUUUCUGAGGUGGCAGAUUUUCAACCAAGCACUCAAUGAAAUUACAGCGAGAUAUGAAUGAGUUUUCACUUCCUACGGCUUCCACUAGAUGUCAACAGUCAAUAGAACUUUGUCUGAUGACUCUAAUGUGAAGGGGGGCUGAAGGAGGAAUGAGUAAUCACUGCCAUGAGCUGAGCAUGCUUUCACCAUGCGCUUUCACAUGAGGAGGACCUCCGUUCCACCUCUCUUCUGAAGUCAAUCCAAUUCUCCGGUUGGAACGUUAUUCAAGAUGUAUGUUAACAACAUUCUAAAGAUUGAUUCAGUACAUCGUUUGACAUGUUUCUACUGACUGUUACGGAACUUUUGGACAUUUCGUCACGUUAUAGUGGAGGCGCUUUGUAAGUUUGGAAUUGUUUACCAAAGCCGCUAACCAAAGUAGCUAAUUGGACAUAAAUAACGGACAUUAUCGAACAAAUCAAGCAUUUAUUGUGGACCUGGGAUUCCUAGGACUGCAUUCUGAUGAAGAUCAUCAAAGGUAAGGAAACAUUUAUCAUGUAUUUUCUGGUUUCUGUUGACCCCAACAUGGCGGCUAAUUUGGCUAUUGUUCUGAGCUCCGUCUCAGAUUAUUGCAUGAUUUGCUUUUUCCGUAAAGUGUUUUUUAAAUCUGACACAGCGGUUGCAUUAAGGAGAGGUAUAUCUAUAAUUCCAUGUGUAUAACUUGUAUUAUCAUCUACAUUUAUGAUGAGUAUUUCUGUUGAAACGAUGUGGCUAUGCAAAAUCACUUGAUGUUUUUGGAACUAGUGAAUGUAACGCGCCAAUGUAAACUCAGAUUUUUUGUUAUAAAUAUGAACUUUAUCAAACAAAACAUGCAUGUAUUGUGUAACAUGAAGUCCUAUGAGUGUCAUCUGAUGAAGAUAAUCAAAGGUUAGUGAUACAUUUUAUCUCUAUUUCUGCUUUUUCUGACUGCUAUCUUUCGCUGGAAAAAUGACUGUGCUUAUUGUGGUUUUGUGGUGACUUAACAUAAGAAGGCAGAGCUGCGCUUUAUUAUGGACAGACUUCUCUCCAUUUGACCUACUGUUGUAUCAAUAUACACUGCUCAAAAAAAUAAAGGGAACACUUAAACAACACAAUGUAACUCCAAGUCAAUCACACUUCUGUGAAAUCAAACUGUCCACUUAGGAAGCAACACUGAUUGACAAUAAAUUUCACAUGCUGUUGUGCAAAUGGAAUAGACAAAAGGUGGAAAUUAUAUGCAAUUAGCAAGACACCCCCAAAAAAGGAAUGGUUCUGCAGGUGGUGACCACAGACCACUUCUCAGUUCCUAUGCUUCCUGGCUGAUGUUUUGGUCAUUUUUGAAUGCUGGCGGUGCUUUCACUCUAGUGGUAGCAUGAGACGGAGUCUACAACCCACACAAGUGGCUCAGGUAGUGCAGUUCAUCCAGGAUGGCACAUCAAUGCGAGCUGUGGCAAAAAGGUUUGCUGUGUCUGUCAGCGUAGUGUCCAGAGCAUGGAGGCGCUACCAGGAGACAGGCCAGUACAUCAGGAGACGUGGAGGAGGCCGUAGGAGGGCAACAACCCAGCAGCAGGACCGCUACCUCCGCCUUUGUGCAAGAAGGUGCACUGCCAGAGCCCUGCAAAAUGACCUCCAGCAGGCCACAAAUGUGCAUGAACAUGACCAUUUACAAUCCAGGGUUACUCCAAGCAGUUUAGUCUCCUCAACUUGCUCAAUUUCCACAUGAUUUAUUACAAGAUUUAGUUGAGGUUUAGGGUUUAGUGAAUUAUUUGUCCCAAAUACAAUGCUUUUCGUUUGUAACUAACUGCAGCUCUUUGUUAGUUGUUGCAGACAUUUCAGUCGCUGUAGCAGCUGACAUGUAUAGUGUUGAGUUAUCCGCAUACAUAGACACACUGAUUUUACUCAAAGCCUGUGGCACGUCGUUAGUAAAGAUUGAAAAAGUAAGGGGCCUAGACAGCUGCCCUGGGGAAAUCCUGAUUUUACCUGGAUUAUGUUUGAGAGGCUUCCAUUAAAGAACACCCUCUGUGUUCUGUUAGACAGGUAACUCUUUAUUCACUAUACAGCAGGGGGUGUAAAGCCAUAACACAUACAUUUUUCCAGCAGCAGACAAUGAUCGAUAAUGUCAAAAGCCACACUGAAGUCUAACAAGACAGUCCCCACAAUCUUUUUAGCAUAGAUUUCUCUCAGCCAAUCAUCUGUCAUUUGUGUAAGUGCCGUGCUUGUUUAAUGUCCUUCCCUAUAAGCAUGCUGAAAGUUUGUUGUCAAUUUGUUUACUGUAAAAUAGCAUUAUAUCUGGUCAAACACCAUUUUUUCCAAAAGUUGAUAACAGGCUGAUUGGUCGACUAUUUGAGCCAGUAAAGGGGGCUUUACUAUUCCUAAGUAGCGGAACUACUUUAGCUUCCCUCCAGGCCUGGGGGUACACUUUCUAGUAGGCUUAAAUUGAAAAUAUGGCUAAUAGGAGUGGCAAUAUCGUCCGCUAUUAUCCUCAGUAAUUUUCCAUCCAAGUUGUCAGACCCUGGUGGUGGUGGUGGUGGGGUGUGUGUGUGUGUGUGUGUGUGUGUGUGUGCGUGUGAACGAGAGAGAAAAAGAAAAGCGAGGAGAGAAUUGGAGGAAAGCUGAGUGUGUGUGAGAAGUAGUGGGGGCCAGCAAACAAAGUGAGAGCAGAGGGUGGAGGAGGGGAAGGAGGCGGAGCUAAGACAGACAGCAGGGAAGGAAGAAAAGCAGAGUAGGGGGAAAGAGAGGAGAAGAGAUCAAAGGGGAGAAGGAAAGAGUGCUUCCUUUUAAAACUCCUCACAGUGGUUUGUGGAAUAAAGGAAAGUUAGAGGAGAACGAGAGAGGAGAAACAGAGAGGAAGAUUUGAGUUAACGAACUGGGACCAUAGUGAUUUUUUUUCAGGAGAGACGGAGACAAGUGGAGGCAGCAAUGCAGGCGUUUCACUGGGAGUGUGUGUUCAGUGUAUGUCCGGCGUUGUCCAGGUACCAUGGCUCUGGUUCAGACCCUGCCUGUGUCCACGACUGACAACCACAAGCCUCCUACCAGUCUCGACAUCGUCUCCCUCUCCCCCGUGGUUGGAGGGCCCUGUGGCCCCGGACCCACCAUGGGCUCCGUCAGCAGCCUCAUCUCUGGCCGGACCUAUCAGGAGCAGCGACACUGCCGGGCCGCCAGCGAGUUCAGCACUAAGACACGCCAUAACACCCCAACCACCAGCUGUUUCAGGCUCCAGGGUGAUAACAACACCCUGCACAGCGCGAGCUCCCUGGAACAACUACUGGUCAUCAACAACCAGACCCAGACCCAGACCACACAGCUCCAGCCCCCGCCACUGCCCACCAAGAAGCAGCCCCGGGCAGGUAACUCUGCUGGUGGGGCAGGGAAUGGAAACUAUGGGUUUGUGACUGAGGUGGUGACUGUAGGAGACUGGAAUGAUAACCAUGUGGUGGCGGUCGGGAGUCCGUGUAGCGACUCGGAGGAGCAGAGGGAUAACCGAGGUCUCAACGGGAAUAUUGGCGGUCCGCCGCCCAAACUCAUCCCUGUGUCGGGAAAACUGGAGAAAAACAUGGAGAAGUUUCUGAUCCGUCCCACUGCGUUCAAACCAGUGGUCCCCAAGAACCGUCACUCGGUGCAGUACCUCUCCCCGAGGCCAGGGGGCAGCCUCUCUGAGAGCCAGGGCAGCCUCAACCUCCUCUUGCCCCUACCUAUCAAUGGGAAUAAUGGAAAUACUGCGGUCAACAGCCCGGGGAGCUACGGAAAUGUCGUAUCUCUGCUCUGCUCCUCCUCUUCCUCGGACAGCAAAAGGAACUCGUACAGCGGAGGACGCAACGCUCGCAGCAGCCAGUCCUGCUCCAUGUCAGACUCUGGCCGUAACUCCCUGUCCAGCCUCCCCACUCACAGCAGUACCGGCUACAGCUUGGCCCACAGCGAGGCCUCUGGGUCUGGAGGGUCCGGGGUGGGCCUGGAGCCUGGGGCUGGAAGAACUACUACUACCAACAGAGGAGGGUCGGUGACCCACGGAGUUCACAGUCACUCAACCUCCCACGGUCACUCUAACUCGGACAGCGGGCGUUCGUCAUCCAGUAAGAGCACGGGGUCGCUGAGCGGGCGCGGCCAGCCCCUGUCGGACAGUGGGUCAUGUGGGCACUCACCUCCGCCCCUGGAGGGGUACGAGGGGGUGAUGAGGGAGCUGGAGGAGAAGCUGAGGGAGAGGGAUUUGGAACUGCAGCAGCUUAGAGAGAACCUGGACGAGAACGAAGCCGCCAUCUGUCAGGUGUACGAGGAAAAGCAGCGUCGCUGUGAGAGGGAGCUGGAGGAAAUGAGACAGAGCUGCUCUUCCAAGAUGAAACAGGCUACACAGAAGGCACAGAGAGUACAACAGGCCUUACAACUACAGGUGUUCCAGCUGCAGCAGGAGAAAAAGAAACUUCAGGAGGACUUCUCCUCUCUGCUGCAGGACAGGGAGGUGCUGGAGAGGAGGUGUGCCUCCAUACAGAGAGAACAGAUCCAGUUCGGACCGCGCCUAGAGGAGACGAAGUGGGAGGUGUGUCAGAAGUCAGGUGAGAUAUCCCUGUUGAAACAGCAACUGAAGGAGAUCCAGUCAGAGCUGAGCCAGAAGGGUGGGGAGCUGGUGGUCCUGAAGUCCCAGCUGAGGGAGGCCAGGACUGACCUCCAAAACAGCCAGGCCAGGAGCCAGGAGGCUGGGUCGGCCCUGCGGACACGCUCCCUGGAGCUAGAGGUCUGCGAGAAUGAGCUCCAGCGCAGGAAGAGCGAGGCUGAGCUUCUCCGCGAGAAAGUCAUACGCUUGCAAGAAGAGUCGGCCCAGCUUCGAGGUGCCCUGGCCAAUCAGGGAGGAGGCUAUCUUCCUGGAGGCCAGGCGCCGGCUAAUAAGGGCCAGUGCAUGAGCCUGCCCCUCCCCCAGGGCCGUGCGGGUAUGGAGGGUGGAAAGGGGGGCCCCAGCCCCUCUAUGGGGUACCGUGAGGCGGAGGAGGGCAGGCUGGUAUGGGGAGGGGAGAGUGAUGAGGCCAAGACUCAGAGGCAGAGUGCUGAAGCUGUGCUGGGACUCAGGCAACAGGUGGAGAGACUGAGGGCAGAGCUGAUGUACGAGAGGAGGAGCAGUGAGGAGCAGCUGGGAGGAUUCGAGGAGGAGAGGAGGGUCUGGCAGGAAGAGAAGGAAAAGGUGAUCCGCUACCAGAAGCAGCUGCAGCAGAACUACAUCCAGAUGUACAGGAGGAACAGAGAUCUGGAGAGGGUGAUGAGAGAGCUCAGUCUAGAGCUGGAGAACAGAGACAUAGAGGACUACGACAUCCACAGCGGCAGCAACGACAUCCACUUUGAGGAGAUGACCGCUACUGAGAUCUAGAGGGGACAACACAGGGGUGUCCUCUCACCCCAUUGAGAUUUAGAGACCAGACAGGGACGUCGUCUAACCCCAGUGAUAUCCAAAUCAAAUUGUAUUGGUCACAUACAUGUGUUUAGCAUAUGUUAAAUGCUUGUGUUUCUAGCUCAGACAGUAGCACCUUCUGAUAUUUAGAGACAAGUGUGUCCUCUCGCCCGCAUGACUAUUAAUACCAGCACCCUGAAAUGAUCUGAUUUCCCCAUCACUGCUACUGAGAGGGCUGUGUCCAAAACGGAACCCCAUUUCCUAUGUAGUGCACUACCUUUGGCUAGAGAACAGGGUGCCAUUUGAAAUUUGCAUCUAGAAUACCGAGGGUAUAUCUGAACGUAUUCCCCUAACCACAGUACAAGCACUCUUUACUUCUUUAUGGACCGUUUGCUGUCAUGGACAUUAAGGGAGCAUCUCUGUUUAAGGGUGGAUCUGCAGACUUAAAAGAGAGGUUAGUGUGUAUCUCAAUAGUUGAGAGUGUCUUCCUCCCCAGAGUAAGAUUCGCCCUCAGACCAACACAUCCUUCUUGCCUCCUCACAUGGGUUUGAUUGCCCAACUCUUUGGGACGUAUAUUAUGACUUUUGACUUGAGAAACAAGCAGGUACCACUCAAACCUCGCUCAAAUCAGUGUAUUGAAAGCAAAGGGGAGAAUCAAGUCAAGUAUAAUCACAUCUGUAUGGAGCACACAGGUGUGACUACCUGACCACCAGCACAUAAUGGUGACGUUACUAUAACGAUGACAUCAUCACCACUCGACUGGUUCGUCCACAGGACUUUGUGCACCUUUGCACUAAAGCAAUGAUGUAAUAACACUUUCACAAUUUGUGCUGUCAAUGUUAUAUAUACAGUGUUCAAUGGAUCAGCAACUCAUCUAGAAGUAGUACGGAAAGGACAAGAAAUACUCCGCUGGCCAGGAAAUAUGGAUUUAUAUUCGGUGGAAUUGGAAGCCACAACCUUGUCUUUUCUCAGCUAUGGAAAGACUACUGUAUGUAGUAUUUCGAUGGGAUGUAUAAGGACUCUUGGCACAAAUAGCAAAUGCAACUGUUCAGUUUUCAGCACUGGCUAAGAAAGGAACUGUCGUCUACACUCUUCCUUGUUCAUGGAAUCUUCAAACAUCCUGGAUUUCUAUCAUUGGCUGCUUGUAGCUAACAUGUCAACAUUCUCUUCUGUCAUUGGCUGAACCAUAUCUGUCAGUUGAUAUUGACUCUCAGCUCCCCAUGUCAGACUGAGAGAUGUGGUGAGAAGGAAGAGAAAACCAAAAGAAGACAUCAAAGGCUUAAUGUGAGUGCUGUGUUGUGCUCCUCCUCUCUCUAAGCCAAUAGUCACCCUAUUGUAUCUUCUCUACAACCUCUCUCAUGUGAAUGACACAAAUAGAAGCAUGUAGCACUAUGAGGGAGUGAUAUGUGAGGGAGAUAUCAGCACAAAUGCAACCGCUGCCCUUCUCUAUCUCAGCACAAACUGUCAUAUCAGAGGAAGAAACACCUUGAUUGGUCAACUCAAGCUGCCCGUCAAAGAUAUCGAUGCUGCAUUGGCUGCUGGGACUGUUAUGGAGCCGUCUUGGAUCAGUGAGCAUAUGGUGUCACUUUUCCUUAUGGUAUCACAGUGAAACCAACAAAACAUCCCUGUUCAACUGUACUUUGCUCCUCCCUCCCUUGGCCUCUCUCCCUGUCGCACACGCUGGACUUUGAAUACUCUUCUAACGUUUUACCUUUUAUUACUAGACCCCCCCCCCCUCUCCCUCCCUCUCAUCAAAAAGCCAAGUAACACUUCCUAGACUUCCUGUCCAUUCUGGCCAGUGACUGUGAGGCUCACUCACUGACACCUAGAUAAUGUGGAUGGCAAAAUUGCAUGUCUUUCCCUUGUCUGUCAAAGUCUGGGAGAGGACGGUCCAGGUAAUGUAGGGCAGGGUUCCCCAACUGGCAGGGAUUUAUUUGGCCUCCCAAGUUUUCUGAGCAAAAAAACAUAUAUAUAUAUAUAUAAUUAUAUAUUUUUUAAACGUUGUUGGACAUAAACGACUAAAAACACCAGCAAAUCAGCUCCAGGUGAAUUUAAUUUUGGAAAUCUCUUCCAAAGUAUUCCCAUGCAUAAUAGUGAAAUAGAUACAUGUGAUCGUAUACAAUGUAAACAAGGUUUGAAAUUAUUGUUUUAGUCAAAUAUAUCUGUUUGGGCAUUUUACGUUCAAUUUGCGGUCUACAAAUUAUUUGUAGUAAUGUACCAGUCCGCUGACCAUCCGCUCAAGAAAAUUUCAGCCUGCGGCUAAAUCUAGUUGAUGAUCCCUGAUGUAGGGGUUUGUGCUGGACAGUGCAUGAUAUAUUAGCCUAAGGCAUGACAAACAGGUCAUUAUGGAACUGUUACAGUGGUUAUAUCAACAUUUUGGCAACCACUGCCAUAGAAAUAUAAUGAAUAGAAUGUAAUUCUAUUUCUAUGUGGGGAACCAUAGAUAAAUAUUUGAGUCUUCAGUUGUGCUUCCUCAUAAAAAGGGAUUAAACUAGAGCUCUGGUCUUUUAUAUUACAGAGGUAAACAGAGUUUAUAAAAAGGAAUCUAACAGAUAAAUGGAAAUCAAUAUGAUCUAUGAUGAUGAUGUAUUUUAUUUUUUAUAUAGCACCUGAAGAUAUUUUGUGGUAACACCAGUACCAUUGUGGGUUUAAUGUACAAAGUAUAAUAAAGAGUUCUAUAUAUCUUUACAGUACCACACAUAUACCAAUGAGAUGAUUAAACACAAUUGGAAAGGGUCUGGAAAGAGCGGCGCAAACAUCUAUUGCAUGCAUAAAAAAAUGUUACAUCAUCUUGAACAAACAAAAAAAGUAAUGAUUCAAACUCCACUCUUUGUUGUUGACUAAUGAUUAUGAUUUAACAAACAUACAAAAAUAUGGGAAAUAUCCAGCUUUUAGCCAAGGUUUACAUUGGUCAGCACAUUAAUGGUCAUCCUUGUUCAAUGCGAUUGAGUUUUCAUUUGGCGGCCAUUAUCAUCUAUAUCACCCAAUAUCAUCAUCAUCAUCGUUGUGUUUGUCAUCUUCAGACUACACUUAUUAACACACAAAGCAUUUAAUCCCAAUAAUAUCUCAACUAAAAAUGUGCUCAUCACAUAUGGUACAAACAUUCAUCUUCAAUUUAGUUGUAUAGGUCUACAAGGUUACUAUUUUACAACAUUCAAGAUGUAUCUUUAAGAGAUGAAUAGAACAUAUUAUGUUCCAGUGUGGAUGUACCAUCAUCUUUAACACAGUCAGGUGGAAAAAGCAGCUCAGGUGUAAUUUUUUUAAUUUAACCUUUAUUUAACUAGGCAAGCCAGCUAAGAACAAAUUCUUAUUUACAAUGACAGUCUACCACAGCCAAACCCUAACCAAGAUGACGUUGGGCCAAUUGUGUGCCGCCCUAUGGGACUCCCAAUCACAGCCAGCUGUGAUAUAGCCCAGAAUCAAACCAGGGUCUGUAGUGACACCUCUAGCACUGAGAUGCAGUGCCUUAGACCGCUGCGCCACUUGGGAGCCCCCAAGUGGUAAUGACUAACACAGUAUCAAAGGUGUAAUGGUUAACACAGUAGCACAGGUGUAAUGGUUAACACAGAACAGUAGCACAGGUAAAGUGAACUGAAAGGGACCCCAGUGUUAAUUUUGGCACUCUGUAACAGAUUUAGUCAUUUUGACUUAAAUAUCAUUAAGUCUGAUUCACAUUUGAAUAAUGAUUUAGUGUAGUUAUUGUCAAAAUGACAAAAACAGUGGUCCUUUUUGUCAACUAAAUGCACUUUCAUUUUAGUAAUUUAGUCACUUCACAUUUGUAUUGCCUCAUUAACCUAUAGUAAACAUAAAUCACUGACUUCCAUGUGCACAAACACACAUACAGUAGUAGCUUUGUUCUACUAACAUACUUUUCUGCAUAAAAUCCUAUUCUCAUCCCAACAGCAGAAAUAUGACAAACAUAUAUAAGAAUUAUCUGGCCUCGGUCGCGUCAUUUCCAUUGUUAUUAACGUUCCACAGACGUCGCAGCCACAUUGAUGUCCAAAAGUAGAACAGGCCACAGACGUCAGUUCAACGUCUAGUUUUGAUUUACAUUUGGUUGAGUUGUCAACUAACCUUCAUAGGUGGUUUGAAGUCAGAUACAAAUCUGAUUCCUGGCCAAGUGACUUGUGUCUGAACGGGAAAAUCAGAUUUAUUUGCCCUCAAGUGGUUUUGAAAGUUGGAUAAUAUUUUCCUUUGAGGCUUUAAAAGUGUUCCUACACUAUGAUUUUGAACAUUCAAAGCAACUGGGAAACAUUCGACAUAACUUCUGAGUGAUGAGGAAUCAUGAACACCACCACCGAUCAGUUCUAAAAACUCUUGUUCAGUUCAAUUAGUAGUCAGACUUGAGAUCAUUUAGUCUCGUCUCGUUUUAGGCAACUGAAAUAUAUUUUUUUGUUUAGUUAUAGUUUUUUCUGGUCUAUUUAGUCAGUUAUAGUCUAGUCAACUGCCACUGAAAAAGUAGGUGUUUGACAAAUAUUUGAGUCCUUAUUUUUGUUGACUAAAGUAACUGUGGAACCCCCUCUGUGAAAGCACGGUGCACUCUGGAUACCCUUUCCACAUUUCUCACUUCAUAACCCCAUAAUAGUUUUUUGGGGUGUAAAUACAGUCAGUAUCUAACUGAAAAUUACAUACAGGUAACUGCCAAAAUAAAGGGAACACUUGUGUAAAUGAGGGAUACAAAGUAUAUUGAAAGUAGGUGCUUCCACACAGGUGUGGGUCUUCAGUUAAUUAAGCAAUUAAUAUCCCAUCAUGCUUAGAGUCAUGUCUAAAAAUGCUGGGCAGUCCAUUAUUUUGGCUACCGUGGCUAUGCCCCCAUACGAUUACAAGGCCCCUAUGAUCACUGAAUGGUUUGAUGAGCAUGAAAACCAGAUCUCAACCCAAUUUAACACUUAUGGGAGAUUGUGGAGCGGUGCCUGAGACAGAGCUUUCCACCACCAACAAAACACCAGCGUUUUCCCUCCAAUAGAGUUCCAGACACUUGUAGAAUCUAUGCCAAUGUGCAUUGAAGCUGUUCUGGCUCGUGGAGGCACAACGCCCUAUUAAGACUUUGUUGGUGUUUCCUUUAUUUUGGCAGUUACUUCUACAUUGAGUGACAUUCUAGUCCUUUACUCAGACCAAAAUAUAUAUUUCAAAUGUAGCCACUGCGACUAGACCAAAGCAACGUAACACAUUUGUUUGUAUUUGUCUUGUUUCUUUUCUUCCUUAGUGUGCAUAAGUAUACAAUUAUAUUUUAGCGUGUUUAGGUGUUCCGUUUCUUUAUUAAUCCAUGGUGUUUGUAGUCAUUCAUGUAUAUUUUCAUGCUGUAAAUUUAUUGUACAAAAUUACCUUUGUUUUUAAUUAAAGAUACAAAAUGUCA